GGAUUGUGCACGUUGGGCGAGGGGGAAGGGGUCGGUUGCUUUUUCAGCAGUGGACCGUGACCACCCAAUCCCUUCAGAAAGGCAGGGCGGGGAGAGAGAUCUAGAGAGAGACCACUUAAAUCUUCUGCUAGCGUGCAGAAAUAUUCAAUUCAAGAGGGAGAAACAAAAGAGAGACGCCAACCAUCUUCUUCGCUUCAAGAAUAGCUACCAUAUUCGCUGCUUUUGAAGGAGCUUGAAUCUCUCUCUCUCUUCUGCUGCGGCUGUGAGAAUGUUCCAUCCAAAGAAGACAAAUAUGUCUUCGCAGGACAGGCAGAUGUGUGUUCAAGGGGAUUCAGGUCUCGUCCUCACCACCGACCCAAAGCCCAGGUUGAGGUGGACUGUUGAACUGCAUGACCGCUUCGUCGACGCCGUCACUCAGUUGGGAGGGCCUGACAAGGCAACUCCAAAGACUAUCAUGAGGGUUAUGGGUGUCAAGGGCCUUACACUUUACCAUCUUAAGAGCCAUCUCCAGAAAUUCAGGCUAGGAAAGCAGCCCCACAAGGAAUUCAGUGAUCAGGUUAAACACAAUGAAAGAUCAGCAGCUUUAGAACUCCAAAGAAAUGCAGGUUCUUCCUCAGGAAUGGUCGCCCGCAAAGUAAAUGAGAGUGUGCACAUAUCAGAAGCUCUCAGAAUGCAAAUGGAGGUACAAAGGAGACUGCAUGAGCAGAUAGAGGUGCAGAGACAUCUCCAGUUAAGAAUUGAAGCCCAAGGAAAGUACAUGCAAACCAUACUUGAAAAGGCGUGCCAAACCCUAACUGGUGACCCCAUGUCAUGUGGAAACUUCAAGGGUGGUGGCAAUGGCAGCCAUGGAAUGAUCGACAUGGGCAUAAUGAAAGAUUUCAGUUCUCCCUUCAAUUUGUCUUCCCUGCAAGACCUUCAAAUGAUGUGUGGGGAUGGCAUGCAGCAACACCAAAUAGAGAGAUCGUUUGAUGAAUUCUUUUCAACAAAUGAUAGUAUCUGUAAAGCCGCCAUCUGCUUGGGACCCGCUCAAUCUCAAGGAGACGAAGGAACUUUCCAAUCUGCACUAACUAGCACCACUGAUGGCAGAAACGAGAUUGGAUCCAUCGCUGAUGUUUAUGAGACGAAGCCCAUCCCAUUAGCCGAAGGAAUCAGCGGCGUAAAGGAGUUCGAAGCGGCAGGAAAGCUCGAAAACCCGUCUCCUCGAAGAGCACCACUUACCACUGAUGGAAUUUCGCCAUUGAUGAUCAAGGGAGGAGGAGCCGCGACUUUGCCGUCAGAAAAGAACUUGUCAUAUGGUUAAAGUAUAUACUAUAAUCCUUCUCUUCCCUCCCCUUUUAUAUAUACUAUUCUUGCUUCCUGCUGCACUGCAUUCUGUGCUAUCUCUUGGACGAUUAUAUGAGUGUAGUUAGGAAGCUGAAUGACAGUGGAACUAGAACGUUUAUCUGGUGUGGUGUAUAAUGGACUUUCAUGGAAUAUUGCUAUUUUUCUUCA